GGGCGGAUGAUUAACCAAUACACGCCCCAGAGCGCCUGGCGCUGGCCAAUCAGAGUGCAGCGGGGGCGGACCCAAUGGCUACAUUCCCACACUUGGUUUCACUUUGCACUUCGGAACAUCUCCGUCUUCCAUAAAGGCGCUGGUGCAGGUGCUCUGUCUCUUCGGGGGAGGAUGCCAUAGGAAGGACGGGCAGGGGAAAAAAUGAAGGAAAAAGCUGAGAGAGGAGAGCACAGGAUAUGUUAAGCAGGGUAUCAGACUGGAAACGGAGGAAAUUAAAUAUGAAAGAUUUAUUGAAAGGGGCACUUUGAGCUAUUAUUCCUGGUCGGCAAUAGUACUAUGAUUUGGUAUGUGGCCACUUUGAUAGCAAGUGUUUUCAGCACCCGAGGAACGGCAGCUCAAGGUGCCUACGGAGUGAGAGAAGAGCCCCAGUUUGUGACGGCCCGUGCAGGAGAGAGCGUUGUUUUGGGAUGUGACGUGAGCCACCCCCUAAACGGCCAGCAGACUCCCUAUGUGGUGGAGUGGUUCAAAUUCGGUGUGCCUAUUCCCUUCUUCAUCAACUUCCGUUUCUAUCCUCCUCAUGUGGACCCUGAAUACGCCGGUAGAACCAGCCUGCAUGGCAAAGCGUCUCUGCAGAUCGACCAGGUGCGCUCAGAAGACCAGGGCUGGUAUGAGUGCAGGGUCCUCAUGCUGGAACAACAAUAUGACACCUUCCACAACGGCAGCUGGGUUCACCUCACAGUCAACGCAGUAAAUCAGAUCUGUGAGGAGUGGAGGAGGAUGUGACUGUCUCUUGCCACUCAUGACUGCCUGCUGCUGUGAGUAA